UGAACAACGCUUCUCCGCCGUAUUUGGCAAUUUUCUACCUUAUUUUUUGGGAUUAUUUGACGAUCCGAUACGUCCGCAUUGUAGAAAUUGUUGAUUAUAAUAACUCUGUAAAAUACUACAAUGUAAUCGGAUACCUACGGGUAUUUAAUCGGAGAAGAUAUAGUCCAAAAAGAUUGAAGAAAAAUGAGCUUAGCACACUUGAUUAUAACUUUUUUCUCAAAUGGCUUUUGGUGCUAGUCCGUUAUAAACGUUGCAAAUCCAAGUCGACCUUCACCGCCGCAAAAUCCAAGUGUCUCGGGCGAUCGGAGCCGGUGAACCCAUCGUCUCUCAUCCUUCUCUCUCUCUCUCUCUCUCUCUCUCUACAACCACGAGGAUUUUCUAUUUGCAGCCAAGAAUGUGAAGAACAAUCUGAGUUGGAACAAAUGGCUGAACCUCUCCUCACAUCUGCUACCAAGGCAAUCUUGAACGGCUUGAUUUCCCUAGCAACCCAGCAGAUUAGCCUGGCCUGGGGUUUUGAGAAAGACCUCGAAAAGCUCCGCAGAAGGCUAACAAUCAUUCAAGCUUUGUUACAAGAUGCUGAGAGAAAGAGAAUUCUUUCAGAACCAUUGAAAAUCUGGCUAAAGAGUCUCAAGGCUGGAACUUGCCAUGCUGAGAAUGUGCUGGAUGAGCUUGCCUAUGAAGCUCUUCGAAGGAAGAUUGAGGUACCAAACCCACUCAAGGAAAAGGUACACAACUUGGCUUUUCGUUUCAAGAUGGCUGAAAAGGUCAAUGAUGUUAAUUUACUGUUAAAAGAAAUUUGCAAUGAAGCAGUUGACAUCGGUCUUAGCCCAGCAAAUCUACUUGCAGAUGCUAGUAGUGUUGAAACUAGGGAAUUCAGGCAGACUCACCCUUUUAUAGAUGAUUUAAAUGUUGUGGGAAGGGAUGGUGAUGUGUCUACAGUUAUAGACAUGUUACUUGGUUCUGACGAAGAAGACAAUUUCUCUGUCAUUGCAAUUGAAGGAAUGGCUGGGCUCGGGAAGACAACUCUUGCUCAGCUAGUUUACAACGAUGAGAAGGUUGUGGCUAAGUUUGGUGAUAAGCGAAUGUGGAUUUGUGUAUCUGAUGAUUUUAGAGUUGAAAGGAUAUUGAAUGAGAUGGUGCAAUCUCUUACUGGAGAUAAGUCUGAGACACCAAACAUUCAAGGCAUAGUGAGAAAGCUUAAUGAAAAACUGGGUGGAGACAAAUACUUACUUGUAUUAGAUGACGUUUGGAAUGAAGAUCAACAAGAAUGGGUACGAAUGAGAGAUUGUUUGAUAGAAAUUGGUGGCUCCAAGGGGAGCAAAAUUUUAGUGACGACGCGCAAGAUGGAUGUUUUAUCAACAAUGCAAAUAUCAUCGUCCUUGACUCACCAUUUGGAUAAAUUAUCCAAUGAUGAGUGUUGGGCCAUGUUUACAAAAAGAGUAUUCUCAAGUGGGGGACCGAUAAGAAAACAAAGUUUGGAGAAUAUUGGUAGAAGAAUGGUAGAAAAGUGUAAGGGUGUGCCAUUAGCAGUUAACUCAAUAGGAGGUUUAUUGUACGCUAAGCACUCUGAACGUGAAUGGGAGUCUGUCGAUAAGAGUGAAAUAUGGCGUUCUCUUGAAAGUGAAAAUAGUAUUCUACCAGUGUUAAGACUAAGUUACGAUCACUUACCAUCACCAUCUUUGAAAAGAUGUUUUGCAUAUUGUUCUGUUUUUCCAAAGGACACUAACAUCAACAAAGAUAUGUUGAUUCACCUUUGGAUGGGUCUAGGAUAUCUUCAUCCUAUAGUAGAAAGUGCAUUAGAAAUGGAAGAUUUAGGCAAUGAUUAUUUUAAUAUUUUAUUGCGCAAUUCUUUCUUUCAAGAAGCUAAAUUGGACGAGUUCAAUAAUAUUACUAGUUGCAUGAUGCAUGAUCUUGUACAUGAUCUUGCGCUUCAGGUUGCAGCGGGAAGUUGUUUAACUUUGGAAGCUAGUGAGGUGAAGAACCAUCCAGAGGUUCAACAUCUAACAUUGCUUCUUGGGAAAGAAACGAGGUUAGAUAUUCCACAAGAAAAAGUUGGAAACUUGAGGUCACUAUUUUUAACUGGAUAUCUCCCCCAGAAAACUGACUUUGUCAAAUGUGUACGUGUCCUACGUUUAGAAGGAUCCUAUGUGCAAGAAUUGCGCAAGUUCAUACAUUUGAGGUAUCUUGACCUCUCACACACAAGAUUUGAAAAGCUACCAAACUUUAUCACCAGUCUCUACAAUUUAGAAACGCUCGUUUUGCCAUCAUCUCUACAAGAGCUCCCAAAGGAUUUUCAUAAGUUGGUUAGCUUGAGACAUCUCUGUAUGGAUGAAAGAAAAAUUAGUCCGAAGGUAAUACCGGCGAAGUUAGGGCAUUUGACUUCUUUGCAGACAUUACCGCUCUUUGUUUUGGGUGUGGAUGUGGGCCAUAAGAUUGAAGAGUUGAGAAGCUUAAAACACCUAAGAGGUCGAUUGCGUGUUAACAAUCUAAUGUUCGUGAACGACAGGGAAGAAGCAAAAAAGGCCAAUAUGAUAGGAAAAAAGGACGUCCAAGAAUUGGUAUUUCACUUUGGACUAGAAAGAUCUCACACAAACCAUGUGGAUGUGUUGGAAGGACUUCAACCCCACAAGAAUCUUAAGGGUUUAAUACUCGAAGAAUUUGGAGGACAAAAAUUUGCGUCAUGGAUGACCAGUGCCAAUCCCGAGUUCCUUCAAAAUUUGGUGAAGAUUGAAUUAAGGAGUUGCCUAGUAUGCGAACAAGUCCCAACACUCGGACACCUUCGACAUCUUGAAGUCAUUAAAAUGAAGGGAUUGGAUAAUCUGAAACGCAUUGGUACCGAAUUCUAUGGACUGGACGAGGGCAUUGUUGGUAGUAGCAGCAAGAGUGGGACAACAAGAGGGGGAGUAGUAUUUCCAGCAUUGAGAACACUUAGUCUUGGUGAUAUGCCGAAGCUAGAAGAAUGGUCGGAUGUAUCAUCGUUGCCAGCUGCUUCCACCAGUGUUAUAAAGUUCUUCCCUUGUCUCAAACUGUGGCUAAUCUCCAAUUGUCCUCAGUUGGUAACCAUUCCAGGUCAAUUGUUAUCAGUCCAGAGCAUAAGUAUUUCAACGGUGGAUCCUUGCUGGAGCGAGGGUCGAAUGAUGGAUAGCCCAUCCUUGUUGAUGGAAGUCAAUGAGAAUUCAGAAAAUAUUGCUCUUUUCUUGGAGGAUUUGCUUGGAAAAAGUAGCAGAACCCUAAGAAAUCUGGAAAUUGAUGGAUUGAAGAAGCUGGAUUGUUUACCGAACCAACUACUAAACCUUACUUCUCACGAGAAGUUAGUUAUAGAGUGCUCUAUUCUAAUUUAUAUAAUCGAAGAAAAAGAGGUAACAAUAUCCACCGGCCUGCCGUCCCUUCAACAGCUUUCAAUUUUGGACUGCCCUCAGUUGAGAUGUUUGCCGAAGGGACUGUUACAGCCAACCCUUGCAGACUUUUGUAUAGAGUGGUGUGGAAGUUUGGAAUGUGAUGAAUCGUGCAGUCUGACGUCCCUUAAGAAGAUGACUAUCAUAGGCUGUUCAAGAUUGGGAAGUUUUUGGGAGAAGGGGCUGGUCUGCCUGACAAGCCUUCAGAGAUUGGUGAUUGGUGGAUUCUCAGGGCACUUUCUUCAUUUCCCCUGGCCCUCCUAUCCCCCUCAACAGUGCCCCUUCAUCUCCCUGGAGUAUCUAAGAUUAAAGGGUUGGGGAAACCUCACAUGUCUGCCUGAUCUUGAACACCUCACUGCCUUGAAAACAUUGGAGAUCUGGGAAUGGGGAAAAUUGGAAGCUCUACCAGAGUGGCUGGGUAACUUGUCAUCUCUUCAAUCACUGGAGAUCUGGAGUUGUCCGAAUCUGAAGAGUUUGCCCUCCCGAGAAGCAAUUCAGCGCCUUGCCAAUUUACAACAUCUGUUUAUAUCGAGAUGUCCCAUUCUAGCAGAUCGAAUUGAAAAGGGAAGCGGCGAAGAGUGGCACAAGAUAGCUUAUACACCAUUGGUCCAAAUACGCCAUGGAUAUGGUGCCCGCUGUAAAUAUAGAUAUUCGCAGAAAGAGCUCAACCAAUUCUAACUUUUGAAGGCAAAGCAAUCUCCAGCCAAUCAAGUAACAAGCAAGGAACAGUGUAUCUGACAGCAGGGGAAAUAACUCCAUUGGAGAAAGAGGUGCUCUAAUA